GUUUACAACCUACUAGCAAGUUACAAACUCGGUGUUUGACUCUGUUGAACAUCAAUAGUAGAUACCUCACUUACGCAAUGAUGUGUGGGCGGCUUUCCGCCACUCAAUCCCUCUAUCAUUCGCUACCAAGGAGUACCAAUUGCUGCUUACUAAACUACUUCAGCAACACUCGUUUCAAUUUUUUGUUUCCACCAUACAAUCGUCCCUUUUUUAACACAAUCACCCCCUCUUUUCAAACUAAACUGCUUGUAUUUGUUUAUUUUAGCACUACUUAAUCACCCUUACAAAUUUUCCACAUUUUCUCAUCUGGGUUCUUGCUAAAUAAUUGUUUUUAUCAACUUUAUGAGGUGGGAUUUUGGUAAAAUUUUGAAGUUUCAUUGAUUUAAUUCUCUGGGUAUUGCUAAAAUAUGAUGUCAAUGAGUUACCAAAAUGUGGAUUUCGGUCGAAUGAGAUUUGAUUUAAUUGCGUGUAGUUGUUCGUCUAAUGCUUCAUUUGAUCGUUUGUUUGCAAAGGGUAGUAAUGUAAAGGGUGAUGGUAGCAGGAAGAACUUGAGAAAACGUUAUGGAGCGCGAAAAUUGUUUUGUUUUCGCUCUGGUAUCCCCAAAUGUAAGGUGUACUCAACCAAGACACCUGAAACUUUACUUAAUGGGAUUAGUGAAGGUACUUUACCUGUUUUGAAUGUGAGGAACGAGUCUAAUGACCCAAUUUCAAUUGCUGAGCUUUUCGAAGUUGUUGCUGAUGAUCUCCUGACUCUGAACAAGAAUUUGCAAGCUAUUGUUGGUGCAGAAAACCCACUGCUGAUGUCGGCUGCAGAGCAGAUUUUUAGUGCUGGGGGAAAGAGGAUGAGACCAGCUUUAGUUUUUCUUGUCUCAAGAGCAACAGCGCAAUUAGCUGGAUUAAAGGAACUUACAAUAAAGCAUCGGCGUUUGGGAGAAAUCAUUGAGAUGAUACACACUGCAAGUUUGAUACAUGAUGAUGUCAUAGACGAGAGUAACUUGAGGAGAGGCAAGGAAACUGUUCAUCAACGUUAUGGCACAAGGGUGGCGGUACUAGCUGGGGACUUCAUGUUCGCACAAUCAUCAUGGUAUCUUGCAAAUCUUGAAAACUUGGAAGUAAUAAAGCUUAUCAGUCAGGUUAUUAAAGAUUUUGCGAGUGGGGAAAUAAAGCAGGCAUCUAGUCUAUUCGACUGUGAUGUACAAUUGGAGGACUACUUGAUAAAGAGCUACUAUAAAACAGCCUCGUUGCUUGCUGCUAGUACAAAAGGAGCAGCCAUAUUCAGUGAGGUUGACCGCAGUGUUUGUGAAAAUAUGUAUGAGUACGGCAGGAAUCUUGGUCUAUCUUUUCAGAUUGUAGACGACAUAUUGGAUUUUACGCAGUCUGCUGAGCAGCUAGGAAAGCCAGCAGGUGCGGAUUUAGCAAAAGGAAAUCUGACUGCUCCUGUAAUUUUUGCUCUGGAAAAAGAAGCAAAAUUGAGAGAUAUUAUCGAGUCUGAAUUCUCUGAACCUGGUUCACUAGAUGAAGCCAUCAGACUCGUAAAGAGUUGUGGUGGUAUUGAGAGGGCUCAAGAAUUAGCACAAGAAAAAGCUCAUAUUGCUCUCCACAGCCUUCAAUGCCUUCCUGAUAGUGCAUUUCGACUAGCUCUCGAGAGAAUGGUCUUAUAUAACCUUCAAAGGAUCGACUAAACAUCAAAUAUCUGCUACAUUUUUAUUAUAUUAUAUUGUGAGCAUAUGCUUAAAGAAGCAAGGGAUCAAAGGAGGUGGAAGACUUGAUCUCUAUGUUUUCAUUACCACCAAUGGGAAAUGGGUAAUAAGGUGAUCAGAAAUUGGUGGCUGUAUAUUCAAUUAUUCAUAUACAAGGCUUUUCGAGCUCGAUUCUUAGGGUAGCUGUACACUUACAUGGUUAAAUGAUUCAUAGAAUUUGAUGGAAGAAACUACAUUGAAAUGAUCGAUUGUUGUAUACUGGUCUCUUUACAUUAAUAAUUUUUUACCUUUAGCCUUCA